AUGGACGUUGCCGUCGCCGCACCUACAACUAAUUUUUACGGGCAAGACCUCGUGAGUUUUCAGUCGAAGCUUGGCAUUCUCGCUCCGGCCACCUGGCUGUCUCACCCCGCCGACGAGCUUUUAAUGCUCGGCAUCGACGGCUUGCCUUUCAGCAAGGAGGCUGGCGACACCGACAUCGCCCUCGUCGAUCGGAGCUUUCUCCAUGUCGGACAGGCCGUAGUAUCGGCGUCGGACGUCGGCGGCCAGAUCGGCGUCGUCACCGGCGUCACCACAACGCUCGACCUCGUGGACCGUGGCGGCGACGCGACAGGGGAAGUCAUCGGGGGCCUGCCGCCCUCAGCUGUGCGGCGUGUCAGGGCGCUCAGCCUCGGGGAUUACGUCGUGUCUGGGCAAGGGCAGUGGCUGGGCCGCGUGGUUGAGGUGUCCCUGGACGUGGACGUCGUGUUCGACGACGGCGCUAUCUGCAGGGUCACGGACGCCGAGUCACCAACCAUGCAGUUAUGGCCGGCAGAAAGCACACCGGGUCUUCACCGUCAACAGACGAACGUCACCUUCUACCCUGGGCUGAGCGUCGCCUCCGGCGACCCCUCGGUCGUCUUCGGAGGGGCGCAGUGGCUAAGUGGCCACUGGAAGAAAAGGCAUGAAGUGGGGAUGGUGACCAAGGUGGAGAUGGCCGGCGUCCUUGUCCACUGGAUCGUGUCCGCCUACGGCGACACGGACGAGCAGUUCCUCCACGGGUCCGCUCCUCCGGCUUACCAAGAACCUGAGAACCUAAUGUAUUUCUGCUCCGCGUACGAGUGCAGCUGGGGAGUAGGCGACCGUUGCUUCCUCCGAGAAAGCACUGCUGCUUCCCCUAGUUCAGAAAUCGAUUCUCUUCAUGAUCCACAACACCAGAUUUUACUGCAAUCGUUAACUGCCGGCCUAGCAACCGCUCCAGUGGACAAGGAGGAGAGAUCGUACCGCAAGCAGCUGAGGAAGCCCAUGUUCAUACGGUAUAGGGGGCGGGCACGACGAGGCUACCAGUGGUCGGCACCGCUGCGCACCAUGACCGUCUUCCGCACUCGCACCACCGUUAACGUGUUGUGGCAGGACGGCACGCGACAACACGGGGUGCCGUCGACGUCCCUCAACCCCUUCGACAUGAUGAACGAGCACGAGGUCUUCCCCGGGCAGUAUGUCAUCGACGCUCGAGAUGACGACUUCACCGGGGGAUCAACCGUGCGGCGUGUCGGUGUCGUCAGGAACCUAAAUUCCAAGGACCACACGGCGCAUGUGUCGUGGUUCAAGGCGGCGUCUGGAGGGCGGGAGGUGGAAUGCGACGACGAGGCCGUUAGUGUGUAUGAUCUAGGCAGAGACCCUGACCACUCCGUUUUCUAUGGGGACGUCGUGGUUCGUACACUAUCAUCAAACGUGAGUGAAAAUAAUGCACGGCAACCACAGGUCCUCGAUCUUUCAUGGGUUGGUCGUGUUGUUGACUUGAGUGACGGCCACAUCCAUGUCAAAUGGGGCGACGACACCACGUCAAUGGUAUUACCCCAUGAGAUCACUGUUGCCAGCAAGGAACACUACAGCGAACUGCAGGCUGAAAUGGGCGACUGGCUGGAGGAGGACAGCGUUGAUAAUCAUCAAGAAUCUGGUGCUGCUGAUGUGGACAAUGUUCCAACAGAUACUAGGAAUAUCCAAGGUGCCAGGGUUGAAGACGGUGGCAGUUCUGCUAAUGAAUCAGAUGGCCAUGCCGCUACAAGAACAAACCGGUUGGGUGGUGUCAUCCAGUCCAUGAUCCGAUCGGUGGUUCAAGUGUUGGCUCGAGCCAAGUUGUUGUAUCUUGUCAACCGCACAUCGUCGUCAACCUCGGAUUUGCCAGCUGCGGGCAUGCACAAUGUUGUUGAAGUGCCUACGCAUGUAUCCUUGGGUGGUAGUCACGUACAUACUAGCAUCGAGGGCGUUGUCACGGAGGUCGUCUUUCCUCCAGUGAUAAGAAGCGAUGAGACUGGCGACGGUGAUGUCAAGUAUGCGGUGAGGUCGGGAGAAGCCGCCACUGGUGAUGAUGACACGUUAAAAUUCCCAAACUUUGACGUAGUGCAGAGUCCGCCGGACCACCAUUACCUUGACACCAUGGAGCAGGGCAGCAGUAACGGAGGAAAAAGCUGGGUUAAGACGGUUCAGAAGGAGUGGAAAAUACUCGAGGAUAGCUUACCAGAUACCAUCUACGUGCGGGCAUACGAGGACCGGAUGGACCUGCUCCGGGCGGCCAUGGUGGGCGCCAGCGGGACGCCGUACCAGCAUGGGCUCUUCUUCUUCGACCUGCAGCUGCCGCCCUCCUACCCCGCCGUGCCACCCCAGGUGUAUUAUCGCUCCUUCGGCCUCCGCCUGAACCCAAACCUAUACCCCUCCGGCACAGUGUGCCUCAGUCUGCUAAACACCUUCGGCGGCGAGGGCACCGAGGUCUGGUCGCCGGGGACGUCAAGCAUCCUCCAGGUUGUCGUCUCCCUCCAGGCGCUCGUCCUCAACGGCCAGCCUUACUACAACGAGGCCGGCCACGAGACACUGGUCGACACGCCGGAGGGCCGCCGCAAUGCACUGCCCUACAGCGAGAAUGCCUUUCUGCUUACUCUCCGAACCGCGCUGCACCUGCUUCGUCAGCCGCCGCGAGGCUUCGAAGGGUUCGUCGCGGACCACUUCCGCCAGCGGGGGAGGCACGUGCUCAUGGCGUGCGACGCGUACCUGCGGGGAUGCAUUCAUGCCGAUGAAGGGGCCAUGGAGCUGCCUUGCUCCACUGGCUUCAGGAUCGCGCUUGCCAACUUGGUGCCGAGACUCGUGGCCGCCUUCACAAACAUGGGCACUCAAGGGUAG